GUUUUUGCCAAACAGAUGGAUGGGUAUUCCACUGGGUCGGGUCCCCUAAGCCGCCAGCGCGCGCGGCGCGAGCGCUUUUACGGGCUAUUUAUACGCGAGAUCGGCAAACCGAGAGAAGCAGCAGCAGCAGAAGCGGCAGCGUACUCGUCGAUCGGUGCAGGUCCGUGCAAGUGCAAGAGAGUGCAGUGCGGUACAGCGCGCGUGUGGUUGCUGAGCACUUGUGCUGCGCGGGCUACCUACCUGUUUCGAGCCAGGUUUGGUUCAGCUGCUGACGUCGUGAUAAGCGGAGCGAGCGCCUCGCUGCCUCUGAGAGAGGCCGGUAUAAGUACGGGCGCGUCUGGCUCUCUGCUUGGCUGUGAGCACCGCGAGCACGUACAGCUCCGCCUCAGACAAGAGCAGAACACGUACGUUUCCCCGCCCGGCACCGGCAUGGCUGGUCUGAAGAAGAUGGAGGAGGUCACAGCAGCUGCUGCUGCUGUUGCAGCGAGCAGUACGGCCGAGAAGCGUGCGGCCGCCGUCGUCGUCCCCGACGCGGCGCUGACGAUGAACGGUGCCGCCGGCGCGGAGGAGAAGACGGCGGCGGCUGCGGCGGCGCCGGAGGAUCUGCCGGCGCCAGCCGCAUUGUCCGGCUGGCCGAGGAGGGUGGGGCUCUACCUCUUCGUCAUGAACAUCAGGAGCGUGUUCAAGCUUGACGAGCUCGGAUCAGAGGUGUUGCGCAUUGCCGUGCCGGCGUCGCUGGCUCUGGCGGCGGAUCCGCUUGCUUCCUUGGUAGACACAGCGUUCAUCGGCCGCUUAGGUUCGGUGGAGAUAGCUGCUGUUGGUGUUUCAAUUGCCAUAUUUAACCAAGUAUCCAAAGUCUGUAUUUACCCCCUUGUUAGCGUUACAACAUCAUUUGUGGCUGAAGAAGACGCUAUCAUCAGUAAAUGUAUAGAAGAAAACAGCAGCCAAGAUCUGGAGAAAGCUUCUCCUGUGGAUUCAGAAACCAACAAUCUGCCUGUAUCUGGUCCUGAUAAGGUAGAAUGUGUCAAUUCAUGUAUUCCCACCGAGUGUACAAAUCCCUCCGAUCAAGGGUGCAAGAGAAAGUACAUACCUUCUGUGACAUCAGCAGUAAUAGUUGGCUCAUUUCUUGGGCUACUUCAGGCUGUCUUCCUGGUCUUUUCAGCAAAAUUUGUAUUGAAUAUCAUGGGUGUCAAGAAUGAUUCACCAAUGCUAAGGCCUGCAGUUCGCUACCUAACAAUCAGAUCACUUGGUGCUCCCGCCGUAUUACUGUCUCUGGCCAUGCAGGGUGUUUUCCGUGGUUUCAAAGACACAAAGACACCAUUGUAUGCCACUGUGGUUGGAGAUGCAGCAAACAUCAUACUAGACCCAAUUUUGAUGUUUGUUUGUCACAUGGGUGUCACUGGCGCAGCAGUUGCCCAUGUCAUUUCUCAGUACCUGAUAACGAUGAUACUGCUGUGUCGGCUCAUCCGGCAAGUUGAUGUUAUCCCACCUAGCCUUAAAUCCCUCAAAUUUGGGCGGUUUCUUGGAUGCGGGUUCCUGCUGCUUGCAAGGGUUGUGGCAGUGACUUUCUGCGUCACGCUGGCGUCGUCGUUAGCCGCUCGCCAUGGACCUACCAUCAUGGCGGCCUUCCAGAUCUGCUGCCAGCUCUGGCUCGCCACAUCUCUUCUUGCUGAUGGACUUGCCGUCGCUGGGCAGGCAGUUCUUGCAAGCGCAUUCGCCAAGAAUGAUAAAGGCAAGGUUGUUGUUGCGACAUCUCGUGUACUACAGCUGAGCAUUGUUCUUGGCAUGGGUCUCACUGUUGUGCUUGGGGUUGGCAUGAAGUUUGGGGCUGGAAUUUUCACAAAGGACAUCGACGUGAUCGAUGUCAUUCACAAAGGCAUUCCUUUUGUCGCUGGCACACAGACGAUAAAUUCACUAGCCUUCGUGUUCGAUGGCAUCAACUUCGGAGCAUCAGACUACACAUACUCAGCUUACUCCAUGGUUGGUGUGGCUGCUAUCUCCAUACCCUGCCUAGUAUACCUUUCUGCUCAUAACGGAUUCAUCGGUAUAUGGAUCGCAUUAACGAUCUACAUGAGCCUGAGGACCAUAGCUAGCACUUGGAGAAUGGGGGCAGCAAGGGGGCCAUGGGUGUUCCUCCGGAAGUGAUGGGUUUUCAACUUCUCAUGGCGAUUAUUAUUAAUCCUCAGCGUUUUGCUGGUAGAUAGCCAUGCAUACUAGUACUAGCUCUCAUGUAAUUAAAAAUAAGUACAGUUCUUAGCGCAUGUCGUGGUGUCGAGUUUAUUGCUUCGUGAAUCGGGAUCGUAUCUGACUCAUUGUGGGGGAGAGGAUACACCGUUCUUUGGUGUUUGUUGUGUGCCGGCGAUGGCAAUUGUUUCUGUGAUAUAUGAUAUUGAAGUAUUAUACAUUAAUUAGUAGUACAUUGGAUCA